AAACAUUGUUAAUAAUAGCCGAUGGAUGAAACGUUGGUUCUUCCUCGAGUUCUUCAGUAUUUUUAGGUUGGAAGGGUAAGUGGAAGGGCGAAGGGAAGCCGGUUUGUUAGACUGCAACACCAUGACAUCAGACCGGAAGAAGCUCCUCCGUUUAAAUCAACGAGCUCCGGGGAAUGAUGGCUACAUUGAUCUCCUGGUUGGUUAGUUUUCUUGGCUUCCCUUCCUUCGACGGCCCAAAUUCCCCGUCGAUUCCCGACCGAUCGGAGACCGCCACCGCUCGUGAAGGACGAAAACGGAUUCCGGCGGGAGCGAUGGAGGAUGGGGCGAUGAUGGGGCGGCAGACGCGGAAGUGGAUGGUAUUGAUGGCGACGGUGUGGAUCCAGGCGUUCACGGGAACCAACUUCGACUUUUCGGCUUAUUCGUCGGAUUUGAAGGCGGCCAUGGGGAUAUCGCAGGUGCAGCUUAACUACCUGGCCACCGCCUCCGACCUCGGCAAGGCUCUCGGCUGGUCCUCGGGCCUCGCCCUCCUCUACCUCCCGCUCCCUUUCGUCCUCCUCCUCGCUGCCGCCGUCGGCUUCGGCGCGUACGGCGCCCAGUGGCUCCUCAUCACCAAUCGCAUCUCCCUCCCCUACUUCCCGGUAUUCCUCUUGUGCCUGCUUGCAGGAUGCAGCAUCUGCUGGUUCAACACAGUCUGCUUCGUGUUGUGCGUUCGCAAUUUCCCUGUCAACCGCUCUCUGGCUCUCUCCCUCACCACCAGCUUCAAUGGCGUCAGCGCUUCCCUCUACACCCUCGUUGUCAAUGCCGUCGGUGGCUCUUGCUCUGUCUACCUCUUGCUCAACGCCACUCUUCCCCUUCUCGUCUCCACCAUCGCCCUCCUCCCUAUCGUCCGCCAACCUCCCACCCAUCUGCUCCUUUUGGCUCCUGCGGACUCCGCUCGUCAUGACUCAUACAUCUUCCUUCUCCUCAACAUCCUUGCCUUCAUCACCGGCUUCUAUCUCCUCUUCCUCAACUCCAUCUCCUCCGUGUCGUCUACUGCCCGCCUGCUCCUUGUCGGUGCCGUUCUGCUCCUGCUACUCCCGCUCUGCGUCCCCGGCGUGAUUUGCGCUCGUGAUUGGGCUCGCCGAACCAUAUUCUCUAGCUCUCUUUUCAGUUUCAUUGGUGUCGAAGACCUCGAACUCCAAAAGCAGCUCGUCCAAAGGAGCGAGGACGACAUAGACGUCAGCGUCAACAAUGGUGACGCCUUCAACGUCAACGAUGGUAACGACGACUGCUCGCAUGGAGAAGACGGGCGACGGUCUUGUUGGUGGUGGUGGUGUUGGUGCUGUGACCGGCUGGCGGCGCUCGGUGAUGAGCACACCGCCACGAGGCUUGUAUCCCGCAUUGAUUUCUGGUUAUACUACGUGUCCUACUUCUGCGCCGCCACGGUAGGGUUGGUCUACAGCAAUAACCUGGGUCAGAUCGCGCAGUCGAUGGGAAGGCAAUCGCAGACCACGAUGCUCGUCACGGUCUACUCAUCUUGUUCAUUCUUCGGUCGCCUGGUCUCCGCGGCCCCCGACUUCCUUCGCGGGAAGAUCAACUUCGCAAGGACGGGGUGGCUGGCGGCGGCUGUGGUGCCGAUGCCGCUUGCGUUCUUUCUGCUGGCGGAGGUGGGCGACACGCAUGCUUUGCUGGCCGGCACAGCUCUCAUCGCGCUCAGCUCCGGUUUCAUCUUCGCCGCUGCCGUAUGCAUUACUUCGGAGCUCUUCGGGCCCAACAGUCUGGGCGUCAACCACAACAUCCUCAUCACCAACAUCCCCUUGGGAUCUCUCCUCUACGGCCUGCUUGCCGCCUUGAUAUAUGAUGCCAAUGGCAAGUCUAUGGUCCCACUGGUACUCGGUGACGGAAUGGUGCUUUGCAUGGGGAGGAAAUGCUACUCCAAGACGUUCUUGUGGUGGGCGUGCAUUACAUUGGUCGGUCUCGCGUCGAGCUUCGCGCUGUACUUGAGGACGAGGGCGAUCUACGUGCAGCCGGCGCGAAGGCCGGCAGCGGAGGAAGGAGCUCAGAGCGAGGCUCAGGAUUAGCUCACAGAAUGUUGAUUACAGUCUGGGGAUCAAUCAGGUCGAAGUUUUGAUGCUAGAAAAGUUUACUUGGCAAAAUACGACGGUAGUUUUGUACUUAGGAAUACGAGAUAGAAAUUAAAAUCUUAUA